CGAAAAGGGAUCCGAAAUACACUGUGUUUGUUUUUCCCGCCGAAGUCGGGCGGUAAAUUUCUGUAGUUUUGUUUUCCGGCUGGGUCGUGUGGCCGUUUCUGAGACACUUUUGUCACGUAACCAAGCACUUCGCCACACGAAGCUCUGGCCGUGAAGGUUGGACGCCAUCAACAAACAUGGAAAGAGUUGUAGGCGCUCCUCUCCUCGGAGGACUUACCUCUUGUUUCGCUGCGGGCGUCCCGGUGAGCGUGACGCGCGUCUUUCCAACGAAAAAUCCCGUCGCGAGUAUUGACAGAAGCCGAUUGCAGCAGCUCAGUAUGGGAUUUCUGCAGGCCCAUUCCCGUGGAUUCGCUUUUCAAGCCAGUGCUGCCCUCCUUUUUCCAAAAUGUGUUAUGCCGAAGGACAUGAUUCGCACGUGGAAGAUCGCCCCGGGCGACGAUGUUCGCGUGUUAUCUGGUAAAGACAAAGAGAAGGAAGGAGUCGUUCUUGCGGUGGACAAGCGCAGAAACAUGGUCAAGGUCAAGGGCUGCAAUCUACAGAUGCUCCGGGACAAGAGCGGGCACAAAGUCCAGGUGGAGCGCAAGAUUCACUACUCCAACGUGAACCUGCUGGACCCGGUGACGCGGGAGGCAACGCGGACCUGCCUCAAGUAUAGGACUUAAUUUGGAUUCUUCGUGAAGAUGGCGACACAGCCAUAUUUUGAGCAUGUAUGUAACCCAUAUUUUGAGCAGGCACAUAUGAUUUUAAUUUGCAAGUUGUUUUCGAAAAACACCAGUUUUCAGCCGGACGGUGCGAUUUUGCGAAUUGCAAAAAAGUCCGGACAAGUAGUUCCGUGGCCCGAGCGGAAAGUAAAGCCCUUCGACACCGAGCGACAGAAAACAUACGCAAAGGACACGGAGCCGCACGAUGCGCUGGAGAAAACUUACUCGUACCGCAGUGACGUCACCGCGAUGCGACUUGCGAGGCAAAGCAUGACCAAGUACAACCACGACCUCUAG